UCUGCGCAGUGUGUGGCCUUGUGGCCGUCAUGGACGACGAGGAAGAGACGUACCGCCUGUGGAAGAUCCGGAAGACCAUCAUGCAGCUCUGUCAUGAUCGAGGCUACUUGGUGACCCAGGAUGAGUUGGACCAGACUCUGGAGGAGUUCAAAGCCCAGUUUGGCGACAAACCCAGCGAAGGGCGGCCGCGGCGUACUGAUCUCACUGUGCUGGUGGCCCACAAUGACGACCCCACUGAUCAGAUGUUCGUCUUUUUCCCAGAGGAACCAAAAGUUGGCAUUAAGACGAUCAAGAUGUACUGCCAGCGAAUGCAAGAGGAAAACAUCACCCGGGCCCUUAUUGUGGUGCAACAGGGUAUGACUCCGUCAGCCAAGCAGUCUCUGGUAGACAUGGCACCCAAGUACAUCCUCGAACAAUUCCUUCAACAGGAACUGCUGAUCAACAUCACUGAACAUGAGCUAGUUCCUGAACAUGUUGUCAUGACCAAAGAAGAAGUGACAGAAUUGCUGGCCCGGUAUAAGUUGAGAGAGAACCAGCUCCCGAGGAUACAGGCCGGGGACCCUGUGGCUCGGUACUUUGGAAUCAAGCGUGGCCAGGUAGUGAAGAUCAUUCGGCCCAGUGAGACAGCCGGCCGCUAUAUCACCUACAGGCUGGUGCAGUAGACCGGAGAGGUUUCAUAAGCCUGGCUGAAGCGCCUUGUGCCGUGCAGUGGAGACUGUCUUCCUAACAAUCGUGAUAGAAAUACCUCAUUUUUUAAUCUCUCUCGUCCCCGUCCCCGUCCCCCAGGAAAGCACACUUCGAAGGGAUGUUCCUCAGUGUGUGUACUUGAUGCUGAACCACACAAGCUUCUAGACCUCGGGAUCAAAGCAAAGCACUUGCUAAGAGAAUCCAGAGUCACUGAUGCCACAGCAAACACCUGUUGACUUUCCAGACUGGACCACUUCAGAUUCGUCCCUUACACAGCUGGGCUGUCUGGAAGCAGCUCUUGUGUGCUUCGGAAACUUUGUCUGGUUUAUGACGGGUGGGCAUUUGAAGAACAAGAGCCUUUUCUUCUCUGAGCCAAGAUGGGGAUAAUUUGGGGCGGGGUUCAAACAGUGAUGCUUUCAUACUGUAUGUGAAAAUGUACUGUAUGAAAAUGAUGUUUUCAUACUUGAGAGGGCAGUUGUAAUAAAAUCUCUGAAAAG